AUGGCAGCAACGGCGCCCGGCGCCGGCGCCGUCGAGGUUUCCAUGGGUUUCACAUCACGGGUUGGCGUUCGUGUCAUGCAGGACGACAAGGCCAAGGCUUUGGUGGCCGCGAAGAUCAAGGAAGGGGAGUACAAGGUGCAGAUGAUAGGACAGUACGCGGUGCGGACGGACCGCGCAAUCGAUGCGCUGGAGAAAAAGGUGCAGGACAUCGAGGCGGUGAUGGAUCUCGAGCUGAUGCUCGGCGAGUACUGCGCCGACCUCUCGGACAUGCACAAGGCGCGCCACUACUACCGCGCCACCUCGCUCUCGGAGGAGGAGAAGCUCUACCUCCACCAAAUCGACGACUUCGCCACCGCCACCAUCGCCGAGUACGAGGCCAGCGUCGGCCCCGUCCCCGCCUUCGACAACCACCUCAGCCUGUUCAGCCAAGAAAUCCCACUGGAGUUCCCCGAACCCUUGGCUCCCCCUCCCGCUUCUUCGGCUUCGGCUUCGGCUUCUCACCACGAGCCUGCUGUGGACAAUGGAGGGGAUGUUGCAUGCUAA